UCCCUUAGGUAAGGGUUUAUUGAUAUUGUUUGCUUCUUUUGAAAAAUGCACUUCCAGUUCUUGCACAUGCACACUGGGCAUUCUGGCACACGGGCAGUGUGUUUAGAGGUGUCGCUUAGCAACGAUCAUUCUGGGAUGAAAGAUUCCAAACCGUUGAGCUUCCCAGCUGGGAGGUUGCGGCGGGACGGCUCUGGCUUACCUGUAGAGCUUGUGUUGGGUUUAGGGGACUGUGAAGAGCUGAGGGGGAGGUGAGGUGUGUUUGGAGCCCAUAGGCUCUGCGAUGAAGAAGAUUUUUGGCUACAGGAGUGAGAAGGGCAAGUCGCCCUUAGACUCCUCCAUCGGCCUGGGGAGAAACAGAGGUCAUCGUAGAACCAGCUUCCAGCCCGGGUACCACAUCCGAGACAGGGACCUCAAAAAGAUCCACAAAGCUGCCAGCGUAGGCAAUGUAGCCAAAGUGAAGCAGAUUCUGUGGCUCGGAAAGAAUGGCCUGAACGACAGGGACAAGAAGAACAGGACUGCGCUCCACUUGGCCUGUGCCAAUGGCCAUUCAGAGGUGGUAGCUCUCCUCCUGGAGAGAAAAUGCCAGCUUAACCUCUGUGACAGUGAAUACAAGACCGCGCUGAUGAAGGCCAUAGAAUGUCAAGAAGAGGAGUGUGCGACUCUUCUGCUGGAGCAUGGUGCCGACCCAAAUGUCACGGAUGUCGAUGGCAACACCGCUCUCCACUAUGCUGUCUUUUGCCAGAAUGUAUCGCUCGCAGCAAAGCUGCUUUCCUAUAAUGCCAAUAUAGAAGCCAGGAACGAGGAUGACCUUACACCACUCUUACUUGGCAUAAGUGAAAGGAAACAGCAAAUGGUGGAAUUUUUAGUAAAAAAAGAAGCAGAUAUACAUGCGGUUGAUAAUAUGAAAAGCAUUUGCGAACUGAUCUCUGAAUAUAAAGAAAAGAGGCCUAAAACUACUCCCGAAAACAGCAACCCAGCGGCUAAGAGUUCUGAAGAAGACUCUUUAAGCAGGUUUUCCAACAAACCUGGUGUGGAUUCACGGCCUACAUCAGAUGAUGACGUCUUAGGUUCUGAAAUCAAGAAGGAACCAAAACCAAAGUUAGCAAAGCUAAUGAAGGCUUUUCAGCAAUCCAAGAGAAACCAAGCAGAAUGUGGCAUUGUGAGACGAGAGAGUGCCACCCUCUCUGAGAACAAUAAUUCUGAUAGUGAAAUUGAAGAUGUGGUUGAAACCCUUCCCAAACCAUCACCUGGAGUCCAGGGCUUCUCUCAUCCUGCCUUCCCAAGGCCUGAUCCUCUUCCAAAAUCACUCAAGACUCUAGCAGGCCUUGGUCUUGCAAAGCGUCCGUUGGCAUCCCAAUCAAUGACCAAAAACCAAUUGGCACCCACAGAACUCGGACAGAAGACCGUAGCAGAUAAAGAAAAGAUGAAAAAUGCAGCGGUGUUUCUUGUAGGGAAUUCCAUGCCCCAUCACCCGUGCCAGUCCCCGCUGCCAGGAAACAGAGGAAGCAAAGAAGAUUUUUCAGAUUGGGAUUCGACUAGUUUGAGCCUCAAUAGUGAGACUUGUCAAAGAGCCAGGCAUUUGAAAGGUGAUGAUCAGCGUCUGUUGGCGUUCCAAUCAGUGACCAAAAAUCAAUCGGCACCCACAGAACUCGGACAGAAGACUGUAACAGAUAAAGAAAAGAUGAAAAAUGCAGCAGUGUUUCUGGUAGGGAAUUCCAUGCCCCAUCACCCGUGCCAGUCCCCGCUGCCAGGAAACAGAGGAAGCAAAGAAGAUUUGUCAGGAGAACUAGACUUGGAAGUGAUAUUGGAGGGAGAACAAGAAAAACCUGAUGGAGAUGAAAAUAACCAUACACAGGUUGAAGAAGAAAAGAAGCACAAAGAUGCUGCUGAUGAGAGUCGACUGAUUCAGCAGAGAAAGAGUGGAGGAAAUAACAAGCAGACGUUUCCUGCUAUGGAGAAUAAAGGUUCUGAUAGUAGCGAUCCUGGUGUGCACAGGAAGGGAGUAAAGAAAAAGCACGCUGACAAAAGGACACCGGAAGGACGUGUGAUUGCACCGAUAUUUGAAAAGACCAAUUCACUGACUGGUGGCCUGCUGCACGUGAAUGGUGACAGCAUUUUAAGGGAAGUGGAUCAGGGUGAUGGCAGGCCUGCAAGGAAAACAGCAUAUGAAAAGAAGAAGGUUUCUGAUAGUGGGAGAAAAGCAAAAGGUCUGUUGCGCAAAAACCACAUGCAGGAUGAAAUUGCCCUGCCAAGACUAGAAAUAGACACAGUGAACAAUCAGAACCAGGAAAAAGAAAAGAAAUGUUUUGAGGGUAUUGAAAUUGUAAAAGGAGAGAAUGAUUAUCCUCAAGAGGCAAUAAAAUUGAACAAGGAAAUGUUGACAAAGGCCAUAUUCCAGCAUACUGGCCAGCUUAAGGUUCCAAUAGCUGAAAAUACAAUGCUAAACCCUGAGCUGGAAAAUGCAAAACAAAGCAAACAAAGACUGGAAACAGAAGUGGAAUCCUACUGUUCUAGACUGGCUCCUGCCACACACGAUCAUGAUCAAGGUCAGACAUCACAAAGAGACCUGGAACUUGCCUCCCAGAAAGCAAAAGAUAAGAGGUUACGCUUACAGGACCAAAUGAAGUUCUAUAUGGCUAACCUGAAAAGUGACAAUGAGAUGCUUUCCCAGCAACUUUCUAAAGUGAAAAAUAAAUUCGAUCAGCUAAAAAUCAAGCUGCAUCAGACGACAGAUGAUCUCAGAGAAAAGACUUUGAUGUUAGAACGUGUCCAGAGAGACUUAUGCCAAGCACAGUGUCAAAAGCAGGUUAUUGAACACAUGUUCAAUGAACAAUGCAAAGUGAAUGAAUACCUUGGAAAGCAGGAAUCCUUAGAGGAAAGAUUAUCUCAACUCCAGAGUGAAAACACGUUGCUCCGACAGCAACUGGAUGAUGCACAAAACAGAGCCAACAGUAAUGAGAAGAUAGUUAUUAGCAUCCGAGACCAGUUUCAGCAGAUUUUGAGAAAACUUCAGGCUGAACGUGAGAAACAAGGUCUGAUGCUGGAGGAAAGAAACAAGGAGUUAAUCAACAGAUGGAAGCAUGUACAAGAGAGAAUGCGUCAGUAUGAAAAUGAGAAAGCAGAAGGAGAAGCACUUGUGAGACACCUUCAACAAGAACUGUCUGACACCUUCAAAAAGCAGUCUGAGUUGGCGGAAUCCCUGGACGUCAUGUCAUAUCACCGUGCCAAGUUAGAAGUUGAGGCACAGGAUUUAAAGAGCAACUUACAUCAACUCACAAGUCAGUUGCAAGAAACACAGGAUCAACGUACAGAGGCCGUGAGAUGUGCUGAAAAAACACAGGAUCACAUCCAAAAGCUUAAAAUGGAAAAUACCGAGUUACAAACUACAGUCAAAAAGCAAGUGGGCAGAAUCAAACAGCUUCAGGGAAAGCUGUUAAGCAUAAGAUUGACUGAUGAUCUUCCAGCAAAGCUGGAAACUGUAUGUUCAACAUGUCUGCACAUGAAUGCAAAAAUUCAAGUUCUUCAAGAGGAGUUCUUAUCUAUGAAAGAAAUGCAAAAGAGAUGUGAAAAACUAGAGAAGAAUAAAAAGAAGUUGGAGCAAGAAGUAGUGAACCUCAAAAGUCAUAUUGAACUGAAUAUGAUAGAACACAGUCAAGUAGAGCACUAUAAACAGGAGGUUGAAGAAAGAGUGAGACAAGAUCUCAUAGAGAAAUUAAGAGAAGUCAACAUGGUUUUACAGGUUAAUCUGUUGAUUUGUCAUAUCCUUGAAUUCGCCUCACUGUGA